AAAAUAAAAUAAAAUAAAAAAAAAAAAAAAAAAAAAAAAAAAAAAGAUUGCCACCGUCCAAGCUCAAAACUGCAGAGGAGACAGAACUAGCGCUUUUGCUCCACCGUCGGCUAACUGCAACGCACAAGGGAACCAUCGGGAUGUCCUCCGGGAAGGCGAAGAUCGGGAAGCCGGCUCCACACUUCGAAGCCACAGCGGUGGUGGACGGACAGUUUAAACACAUCAAGCUGUCCGACUACCGAGGGAAGUAUGUGGUGUUGUUCUUCUACCCCCUGGACUUCACCUUCGUCUGCCCCACCGAGAUCACCGCCUUCAGCGACCACGUCUCUGACUUCAACAAGAUCAACUGCGAGGUGAUCGGAGCCUCCACUGACUCUCAGUUCAGCCACCUGGCAUGGAUCAACACCCCUCGCAAGCAGGGCGGUCUGGGUCCCCUGAAGAUCCCUCUGCUGGCCGAUCUCUCCCAGUCGAUCUCGCGGGAUUACGGGGUGCUGAAAGAGGAUGAGGGGAUCGCUUACAGAGGCCUCUUUGUGAUCGACGACAAGGGAAUCCUGCGCCAGAUCACCGUGAACGACCUGCCUGUGGGGCGCUCUGUGGACGAGACUCUGAGACUGGUGCAGGCCUUUCAAUUCUCAGACCAGCACGGAGAAGUUUGCCCAGCAGGCUGGAAGCCGGGCAGCGACACCAUCACCCCCGACGUGGAGAAGAGCAAGCAGUAUUUCACCAAGCAGAACUGAAGCGAUCUGCGGCGUGGAUCCUCUGAGGGGUAGCCAGCACCGAUCUGACAGCGGCACCCUCUGCUGGUCUAGCGAGGCUGAGACCUGAGGGUUCUCCCUUUCUUUAGUUUUUGGUGCAAGAAUGAGACCAAGUGUUAAACGUUUGUACCUGCGAAAUAAAAGCUUGACCCUUUA